CAGCAGUUCACAUUAAAUGAGAGGCAUUUGUAACACCAUAUAUUAUUUUGUAAAUAAAAUAAAUAAGGCUUCUCACGGUAGCGUUUUUCUAUUUGCGCUUACACUUCGACUGUUCUUUUUAUCGUUUUGUUGAUCAACAGUAACAGCCAGAAAUUUCACUGGGCAUUUUAAAAUAACUUGUGCAAAAAACAAUCAGCGACUUUUGACUCAAUUGACUACGAACGACGAACGUAUUUUACUGCAUAAUGAAAAUGCUCUGGGCAAUCAUACUGGUGCUUAUAGCACAGCUACUGGUGGCGGCAUCGGCAGAUGUUAACUGUACAACUUGGCAGAAAUCAUGUCGCAACCUAUCCAUGUUGUACCGGGGGGUUACUGAUCUGGUACAUGCUCCAGGGUGGCCAGUCAGCACAGGGUACUUGAAUCAGUACCGUGAAAAAUACCAAACCAACUGCCGGUACGCAAAAGAAGCUGGACUAUGUUUUCGAAACAUGACCGCGGAAUGCCGCACGUGGGGCGACCAACAAGGUAGUACACCGUUUGCAGUUGAGGCCAUGCAAGGUGAGACCUGGCUGGCCAUGGGACGACUGUGUGACCUUUUACCUGAGCCGCUGCGCUUGCUUGCCGCACACCAACAUUGCGAUUCUCGGGAUGCCGGUCAUUUGAUUCGCUUUAAACUGCCACACGAGCAGGAGAACUUGAAUAACCAGACCGUAGAGGCGCUCGCGACUGAGACAUGUCGCCAAAUUGAAGAAAAGGCUGUAAAGAUAAAGGGCGUACUCAGAGAAGAGCUGGUGAGAAAGUGUGGACUGGAAGCGACCGAUGUGAUGACGGAGGGAAUAGAUAAACUGUAUACCGCCUACGAUUGCCCUCGAUGAACUAACGGACCACCGGCUUAAUUUAACAUCGGAGUAAUCCAAAGGAGGUGAUUCAAACAUUAAAAGUCACCUCUUUUAAUAGGGAUUGUAGGCAAAAUCUGCGCAAUAUGCAUGCAUGAACACUUAACAAAUAUAAAAUAUUUUAUAAUAAUGUGGUCAUCAACGUAUUAUUAAUAAUACAGCCAAAUCAUACUUGGGGGCAAAGCAAAGAAAGAAACAAAGACUACAACAAGAAAAUCUCAUUUAAUUUAUCCAGCCCUUCCAUCGUGCCAAGCACUGACGCCGCGUUACCCCGCUGAAUCUCUAUCGACAAGCGCUGUCUUAAAAACUCAUGCGAGCGGGCUUCGCCAGUUUUCUGCUGAAGUCUCUUCCCCAGUUCUUUGAUAAAUGCGAUUGCUGACGGUCCCCAUGGGCCCAUGGUUUCAAAGGCAAUUGGAACGAAUAGGUAACGGCCAGCUAGGUAGAUAUAAAGUCUGGAUUUCUUAUCCUCAGCUUGCACAGCGGCCGCUCCCGCUGUGGUCGAAGUUGCUUUGACAUGUGACGGCGCAACCGUGUCUACACAUGUCACGUCCCAUGCGAGACACAGCCCGCGUUUCCAUGCAAAUGUCGUGCAACCGUCCGGGCGGCGUUCCGUAGUGUGAGAGGUUCCACGCGGCUCCAGUUUGGCGGGCACGCCGGCGGACACACAUCCUCGGCAGAUGAUGCUGUUAAGCCCGCCGUGGCGCGGGUGCCUUCCGGCGGAGAAAGCACAUGACAGCCCGUGGUGACCGUAACCAUCCACGGGUUUGAGCCCAGCAGGUUACCAAUGUGAGCGGAUGGCAGGGCGUUCAACCAGAUCCCGGCUUCAGGUCUGGACUGAGCAAGCAGGCGCGCUGUAUUUACCUCGUCACCCUGAAACACCUCGAGCAGGGAGGAGAGGGAAACGUUGCAUAAUGGCAAGUCCCAAGCCUUUUGGGACUUCCGGUAUGCUAACUCUGGAAUCUCAGGCUGACGGGCUUUCAGUUUCCAUGACUCCAGUGCACCAGAAACAUCGACAACACCGUGGUCAGGCAGUAAUGAAGAGAGCAAUCCGGAUACGGAAUGAAUCGAAGCCAAGAAGGCUGGUAAAGAUAAUUCUUCCGACCGACGAAUGCCAAUUCCACCUCUGCUGACCGGGAGGGUUGCCUGACGCCAAGGCGGGUAGUCGUUGUGGUUGGUUCGUACGUUUGACAAAUUCUGGAAACAAUCGCGCAUCGUUUCAUCCAGCUGGUACAGCAGGGCGGGAUAUUUCCAUGCAUUACAGCACCGCAACAUAUAAAUGAUUUUCGGGGCGCCGAGACAGUUCUUCAGUAGGAACAAUGCUUGGUGGCUGGGAAGCAGUUGGAGCCGUUCGCACACCAUCUUCAAGGUGCUGGCUUUCUCGAUGAGUAGCGGCCCAAUUGCUUCAUCUAGAACAGGCGCGCCAAGCAGGGACAUGGUAGACGCCGACAAAAUGCGCAAUCGCGGGAAACGGUCAAUGAAUUCCGCUGUGACAUUUCGUUGCGAAUCAAGUGUUCCACCAAAAACAAACAGUUCACAUUUGGCUUCAUUAACCUGCAGUCCGAUAGCACGAGCGCGUUCAGUUAUCCGGCUGAAACAUUCCGCCACUGUCGCCGGAGCUCCGCCCAUGGUCCCGUCGUCCAAGAACCAUGCGUUGAGUUCGGUGUUCAACGAGGAUACCAGUGGGUGCAGUGCGAGGCUGAACAGCAGCGGGCCUAGUGGGUCG